GCCGGUCGAUGGGCACCAGCCGCUCGACGUCCUCGUCGCCAGCUUUGUUGUCCUGCGCGCGAUCGAAUGCGUCCGUGAGCAAGGAUUCCGUCCCUGCAGGGAACUUGCGGUCGGCUGUGUUCCACUGUGCAGUGGGCAAGCGCCGCUGACACUAUCAUCAUAUUGGCCAGCCACCCAUUCGCCAAUUCGUCGUCGUGAUUGAAGAACGAAAAGAAGCCUCAGUCGGCAGUGAAGGCUCUCAGCUUGAAGGCCUCGCGAUGCGUCGGCGGAGGAAGAACUCGAGGAAGCGGCGCGACGACCACACGUCCAGUGCGCUCUCCGGCCUGGAGGAGUCGCAAGCCCGUACCGAGGACGUCGCCACCCACUACGACGAAGCUCGCCCCCCGAGCGAACUGAGCAAUGUAAAGCCUGGGAAGAAGGAACUCUCGCAUCGCGGCAGUGUUAACACCACUGUCAACAGCCGACCGGCGAGUGACGGUACAACGUUUUCCGAGCAUCCGGCACCGGCCGCCUCCUGUCCCCCUGCAGUGGCGCCCCCGUUGCAAGGUACCCGCGAACCUGCCAUUGCUCGGCCCCCGAGGACGUCGCCGCGGAUUCCGCCGUUGCAGCCGCCGGGGUCGACUCCCAGCGCCGCUCGCGACGCUGGCUUGCCGCCGCAAAUGGCAGCUGCUUCCGACAUGGCCAGCUACACGAGGGCGUCCUCCAAGAUGGCCGGAGAAGGCUCGGGACCCCAAGGUACCGAACUCUGUUAUGACACCGAACAGCCCCCGGAGUACCUUAGCGACAUCUACGGUUUGCCACGACAGGGCGUCAUCAAGCGGACUGGGGCGCCGUCUCCGGAGAUGUUGGACGGUGCGCGACGGUGGCUCUACAGAUCAGUCACCUGGCUCCUCUGGCUGCUCGUGCACGCGUACGCUGUCUGGCUCGCGUGGCGCAUCUGGGCGCAGCAUCAACCAACAUCUGCGUUGGCCGGUGGAAGCUGCGGAGACGUCUUCCUAGUGGCUGCCGUACUUGCCGCCGUCAACGUUGGGGCCGGUGCCACUGUGCUACGCGGCACGAAGGCUUGGCUCGCUGCCGAGGAAGCCGCUGAAGCAGCCUCUCACAUGGCCUCGACGGGUCUUCAGGCGGUCUCCUUCCUCAAGCCGCUCUUCUGGACAGCCUCCUUCAGCUCGCUGGCGGUGCUGGCGGCAAUGUACAGCAGCGCCUCCUUGGAGGGCCCCGCGUGCAUCGCCGGCCAGCUCACGCUGGUGGCCGCCUGCUGCGCGUUCUCGCAGCACCCGACACGCGUCGACUGGAGCACUGUGCUGGCGGCGCUGCUGGCGCUGCACCUGCUGGGACUCGUCCUGAUUCGCCUGGAUGCCGGUUGCGGCGUGCUGGCCUGCCUUGCUGAGCUGUCCGCCAGGGCAAUGGGCUUCCCUCAGGAAGGUGCUAAGGUCGUGCUGGGCUACCUGGUCAACGGAGAGAUGAACAUUCCCGAAGUCGUAGUCCCACUCGGCUUCGCCUUCUCGGUUCUACCGGACGUGCUUUUCUUGGGUUUCGUGGUCAUUGUGCUCUUCUACUACGGUGUCCUGCAGCAGGUUGUCGUCAAGGUGGGAUGGCUGGCACACCACCUUCUGGGUCUCACCUGCUGCGAGGCUGUUGUCGCCAUGGCCAGCAUUUUCCUUGGAGUGGCCGAGGCACCCCUGCUGGUUCUUCCGUACGUAGAGAGGCUGACCCGGUCGGAACUGCACUGCAUCAUGACCAUCUGCCUCACCACCGUCUCGUCCACCGUGCUGCCCGUGUACACCAACCUCGGGCUCAGCCCGGAUGAACUCAUAACCGCCUCGUUGCUGUCAAAAGUGGCGGGGAUCGUGUCAUCGAAGCUGCUCUGCCCGGAGACCCAGCUCUCAAUCACGGCCCACUACAACAUCGACCACUACGAGAGCCCGGAAAGAAGCGCCGUUCACGCGGUAGCUGCUGGCAUGGUGACAGUGUUGGCCAUGGCGUCAAGCACUGCAUGGAGCCUGGUCACCUUCCUGUCCGCAGAGGCCUGCCUGGACGAAGUGUGCAAGACAAUGUCAAAGCUGGUUUUUUUGCCCGAACUAACGCCACACGUAGUGCUAACGUGGCUGCUGAAACCGCUGGUUCUUCUCAUGGGCAUCCAGGAGGCAGAGGUUCACUCCGCCGCCGACCUGCUGGCAGCCAGCGUACUCGACAACGAUGUCGUCGCACUCAUGCAACACGCUGCCAACGGCCCCUUGUCGGUCCGCACCCGGCACGUGCUGACCUCCGCGCUGUGCGGCUCGGCCAACGUGGGCUCGGCGGCCGUGGUGCUGGGCACCCUGAGCGGCAUGGCGCCCGGCCGAGCCGGAGACGUGACCUCCCUGCUGCUGGGCACGCUGGUCGCCGCGUGCGCCGCCAACCUGCUGGUCGCCUACACUGUGGGGACGUUGAUAACGAACACGGUCAAUCCUGCUCUGGCCGAGUUUGAGGCCUUGGGUUUCUUCGAUGGCUGAAGAGGAACGCUACAACGACGCGAGCUUGCUACGCUCAGACAUUGAUCGAAUUAAUAUUCGAUGGGAAACCCGAUCGGCGACCGCUUACUUCCACUGGUCGCAUAUGUAUAGAGAUAUCGCAAUAGUUUUUUCUCCCUCUAUAAAUGGUAUUGCGAUCACCUUC